AUGAUGACGAGCCUGUACUUGAGUGGCGCCAUAUUGGCAUCGCUAUCCAGCGCAGCGAUUCACGUGUCCUUCCGAGAUCCCUCGAGCGGUAGGAGCGACGGUAGCGACGAGGCCAACAAGAAGGCGAGGCGAGAUGUCAAGGCGGAACCAAAAGAUCGGAUCGCCGAGCAUCAUUCGCGCAAAUUCGCCUUCUUCACUCUGCUAGGAUGGGUCAAAUUUGUCAAUUUCAAAGUGACGCCUUUUAGCGCUGCUGCUCAAGCCGUCUAUCUGUUCAAGCUGCACAUUGAUAAGCAGUCUGACGUAUUGCCAAAGAGCGCUCCAUCCGAACAGCUCGUCCGCAUCAACAUGCUCCUCUACACGAGCAUCAUACUGGGCGGCUUGUUGCGCUACUGGUGCUACAAGACGCUGGACAAGUACUUUACCUUUCGACUCGACAUCAAAUCCGAUCAAAAGCUGAUCAAAAACGGACCGUACAAAUACUUGGCCCAUCCUUCCUACUUUGGCAUCUUUCUUUGCAAUGUGGGAGUCAUAGGUUCGCUAGCUGGACCUUUCAACGUUUUGCUGAGCUUGCUGAGCAAAGGAGCAUCCGAAUCGCUCUCCGGCGCCAGUCCUCACUCUGUAGUCAGGUCCCUCUUGACCUUGCAAGCGCUCGCAGGCAUCUGGUCCGCCUAUGCCUUGGUCUUGCUUCGCGUACCCGACGAAGAGAACAUGCUCAGAAAGCACUUUGGCAAAGAGUACGACGAAUACUUGGCAAAACGCUGGAGAAUGCUGCCUUUCAUCUGGUAG